ACUAUUGGGCAGUAAAUGGUCACACCAUGUUUUGCUCCUGUGAAAAAUGUUGAUAAAGUUGGAAAAAAAUGAGUAAACCAGUGAUUAAACCCAAGGAGCCGGCUGGCACAUCUGGCAGCUUGAAGAGGAUUAGCGAAAAGAAGUUAGAGGCUUUUACCGUCGGCACUUUUUCGAAGAGACAACUGUCCAAAAAGGAGAUUGAAGAGCAGAAGAAAAAGGAGGAUGCAGCUGCAGCGGCACAUGCCUUCAAAGAGUUUGUUGAGACCUUCCAAGAAGCACCUACGCCCUCGUCCAAAGUUUGGGUCAAAGCCGGGACAUACGAUGCGGGUUCCCGGCGGGAGGAUAAGUCGGAGAAGGGCAAACUGUACAAGCCAGUUUCGAAGUUACUGGAGAAGAGCUCGUCUGACAAGGUCGAGGAAUAUGCCAAAACUCUUGCCUCGGAUCUGAAGAAGGACCCAGGUCCUCUUAAAAAGAAAAAUCAGGAAAAGAAGAAGAGUAACUUGGAGCUUUUUAAGGAGGAGCUGAGACAAAUACAAGAAGAACGCGAGGAGCGCCAUAAGUACAAGCACAUGGCCGCAUCCCAUACUCCGCCAGCCCAGCAACCGUCAGCAGCAGCUGGUUCAGCGCCAAACAGCAGUGCAUCCACCACCUCCACGGCUUCCAACUCAGGCUCGAAGGACUCGGGAUCCUUCGAUACUGGCGAUCCAAAUACUACUAAUCUUUACCUAGGAAACCUAAACCCAAAGAUAUCCGAGCAGCAGCUCAUGGAAAUCUUCGGGCGCUACGGUCCCUUGGCCAGCAUUAAGAUCAUGUGGCCCCGCUCCGAAGAGGAAAAGCAAAGAGGUCGUAACUGCGGAUUUGUGGCUUAUAUGAGUCGCAAGGAUGCGGAAAGAGCACUGAGGACACUGAAUGGGCGGUACAUCAUGGGGUACGAGAUGCGCCUAGGAUGGGGCAAGACUGUGCCCAUAAUGAACACGCCCAUCUUCGCACCGCAAGCCUUGCUGGAAAUGACCCUUCCACCGCCACCAUCGGGAUUGCCCUUUAACGCCCAACCACCACCAAGUGAGGCCGAUGUUUUACCUAAGAAAAACUACAAGGAGUUCGACAAGGAAGAGGAUAAGGAAAAUAUGAACAGGAUACUUGCCAAAUGUGUCGUUAAAGUUCACAUACCGACAGAGAAAGCUGUUCUCAAUAUUAUUCAUCGGAUGAUCGAGUUUGUUAUACGAGAAGGCCCGAUGUUUGAAGCUUUGAUCAUGAUUCGUGAAAUGGAGAAUCCUCUUUUCUCGUUUCUCUUCGAUAACGAGAGCCCUGCCCACAUAUACUACCGGUGGAAGCUAUUUUCUUUGUUGCAGGGCGACACACCAAAUGAAUGGCGGGAGGAUGAGUUUCGUAUGUUCAAAAAUGGACCAGUAUGGAAGCCUCCGAUAGCCAACUUUUAUACACAGGGUAUGCCAGAUGAGCUAGUUGUUGACCCAGAUGCUCCUGUGGUCAACAAAGGAGCCCUGUCCAAUGCACAACGAGAUCGACUUGAGGAUCUGAUUAGGCAACUAACUCCGGAGCGCGCUCGCAUUGGAGAUGCCAUGAUCUUUUGUAUAGAGCAUGCCGAUGCUGCUGAUGAAAUUUGCGAAUGUAUAUCCGAGUCGCUAUCCAACUUGAGCACAGUAGCUUCAAAAAAGAUUGCCCGGCUCUAUCUGAUUUCAGAUAUAUUGCACAACUGCACGGUUAAAGUGGCAAAUGCAUCGUUCUUUCGGAAAUCUGUGGAAAAGCAGCUAGUUGAAAUCUUUGAAAAUCUGCAUAAAUAUUACUUGAAUAUUGAGAGUCGAUUGAAAGCAGAGGGCUUUAAAACCAGAGUCUGCAAUGUAAUUCGUACCUGGGAGGAAUGGACAAUCUAUCCCAAGGAGUUUACGGCUCAACUGACGGCCAAGUUUCUGGGUAAACCGUACGUCAUGCCCGUCAGUUCUUCACCUCAGGCUGAGGAAACCCGCUCAGAUGAGGUUUUAGACGAAGAUAUCGACGGUGCCCCACUCUCCGCAGAGGAAAAGGACGAUGAAGACUUGGACGGAGUGCCACUAGAUGGAGCUGCUUUGCUGAAGACCGCCUUAAAGCGUGCCAAUCCUGAUGCUGAAAUUGGUACACCAAAGAGCGAAAUAUCCAGAAAAGAUGACUACCUCGACGAAAUCGAUGGCGUACCUUUAGAUGAGGACCUCGAUGGUAUACCACUGGAAAAGGAAACCAAGCCGACACCAAAAAUGCCCGGUUUUAUACCUUCGAAGUGGGAGACAGUUGACCCUCAGCAAGUGGAAGCUCAAGCGAUUACUACUAGCAAAUGGGACACUCUCGACCCUCCAGACCCUCCCAAGUUUUUCAGCUCAGAAGACGAAAGCGAAGAUGACAACGCGCUAAAGUUUAACGACGAAAAGAGGCAAAAGUUAAGAGAAAUUGAGUUAAAAGCGAUUCAGUAUCAGGAUGAAUUAGAGUCCGGAAAACGAAGAGUAGAACCUGGCUGGACUGUUGCCGAGCAGGUAGAAUACUUCCGCAAGCGAUUGCUUAAACAGGACUCGAAAUCUGAAUCUGCGGUGGACUCCCCACUGAGCUACAUGCACAGUAAAUCUAAGGGCUUUAAGCUCAAUGAAAGUCCAGCCCAGUUCCGCAGCGAUUCUCGCAAACGAUCGCACUCACCGUUCUCCGCUGCAGAAACCAAACGACGCGAUUACUCACCGGAUAUCUCCCGCUCCUCCAAGUCCUCCAAACGUAACCGAUCACGCAGUUCGUCUGGGUCACCGAAGCGGUAUGGAGAGCGUCCUCGCAGCUCCCGCUACGAGAGCCCAGCUUCAGGCUCCUCUCGCUCACGGAGUUCUCCGAGGCGAAGAGAAGAGGUAUCGCCUCCGAGACACCGGAGCGAUAAGCACAAACAUAAGCAUAGGCACUAGGUAUUGAACUUCGGACGAUUUGUAUUUAAUUAAACAUGAAUUGUACAUAAAAACACGUUCGUCGUUUGCUUUAAAUACACAGUAUAUAUAUUUUAAA